UCGAGAGGGAGAGGGAGAGGGAGAGAGACUUGGGAUAAGUUAGAGAAAGAAGGAAAGUGGAGACUGGAGAGCUUUAUUCGGGUAGUUUGGAAAGUUUCCUUUUGUUGUUGGAAAUCUUGAUGAGGGAGAAUGGAGAAAGAAAAGGGGGACGAAGCUCACGUGUGAGAUAGAGAGAAUAAAUGUGCGUGAUGGGUUUAGAGAGAGAAAGAGAAGAUUUGAGGGACGUGAUGAAGGUUUUACCAGAAAAGAGACGUGAUAAGGGGAGAGAUAAACACGAAUCCCACUCUAAUCCCCAUAUCUCGCAACCUACUAAAUCCCAUCUGUACUCGGUUUGGGCUCAUCCACCACCUCUCGUCCUCCCAAACUCCAUUGCAUGCUCAGGGUUGCUUUGUGUGUGAGAAAAGAAAUAAUAAAUAAUGAAGUCCGCAGAGAUCCUAUUGCUGGUUCUUUGCUUGAAAGUGGUUUGCUUUCUAGCAUUUGCUUCUGCUCCAUCAACUUGCCCUGCUGACCUUGGAAGUAAAUGCAGUGGCAGUGAAUCUGAUGAAUGGGAAGGCGAGUUCUUCCCCGGCAUAACCAAAAUUAAGUACGAGGGUCCUUCUAGCAAGAAUCGUCUGGCUUUUAAAUGGUAUAAUGCUGAGGAAGAUAUUCUUGGAAAGAAAAUGAAGGAUUGGCUGAGAUUUAGUGUUGCCUUCUGGCAUACAUUCCGUGGAUCAGGCGCUGACCCAUUUGGUGCACCCACAAAGUUUUGGCCAUGGGAAGAUGGUACCAAUUCAUUAGCAAUGGCCAAAAGAAGAAUGAGAGCCAACUUUGAGUUUAUAGAAAAGCUCGGAGUUGAAUUCUGGUGCUUCCAUGAUAAGGAUAUUGCACCAGAUGGUAAAACCAUUGAGGAAACAAAUGCAAAUUUGGAUGAAGUGGUAGCUGUUGCAAAAGAGCUUCAGGGGUCCAAGUUCCAUCUUUUGUGGGGCACGGCUCAGUUGUUCUUGCAUCCACGCUAUAUGCAUGGAGCUGCUACUAGCUCUGAAGUAGGUGUUUAUGCAUAUGCUGCAGCUCAAGUCAAGAAAGCCAUGGAGGUUACACAUUAUCUAGGAGGAGAAAAUUAUGUUUUCUGGGGUGGUCGGGAGGGUUAUCAGACUCUCUUGAACACUGAUAUGGAAAGAGAACUUAAUCACUUGGCAAAGUUUCUUGAAGCUGCUGUAGCCUAUAAGAAAAAGAUCGGGUUCAAUGGGACUCUGCUGAUUGAACCCAAACCUCAAGAACCUACCAAACACCAGUAUGACUGGGAUGCUGCUACCACAGCUAAUUUUCUACGAACACAUGGCCUAACAGGAGAAUUUAAGAUCAACAUUGAGUGCAACCAUGCCACCCUUUCUGGUCACAGCUGUCACCAUGAGCUUGAAACUGCAAGAAUCAAUGGUUUACUAGGAAAUAUUGAUGCAAACACUGGAGAUCCCCAGAUAGGUUGGGAUACGGAUCAGUUCCUUACAGAUAUAGGAGAGGCAACCUUAGUGAUGCUUAGUGUGGUUAGAAAUGUAUGGGGAGGGAUUGCACCAGGAGGAUUCAACUUUGAUGCAAAAUUACGGAGAGAGAGUACAGAUGUUGAGGACUUAUUUAUUGCUCAUAUAAUUGGAAUGGAUACCCUGGCUCGUGGACUUCGAAAUGUCGCCAAGCUGAUUGAGGAUGGUUCUUUGUCCGAUCUUGUCCGCAAACGGUACGAGAGUUUUGACACUGAAAUUGGGGCUCUAAUAGAGGCUGGCAAGGCUGACUUUGAGCUGCUUGAAAAGAAAGCCUUGGAAUGGGGAGAGCCAAAGGUUGCUUCUGGCAAGCAGGAACUUGCCGAGAUGAUCUUUCAAUCUGCUUUAUAGAAGAUGACACUCAUGUAGGAACAAUGAGUUUAGGAUAAUAGUAAUAAUAAUAAUAAUAAUAAUAAUAAUAAUAAUAGCAAUAGAAAAGGCAAAGAGAAAAUGUUGAGAAACUCUCUUUAGUAAUGAACAGUAAUACCACUUCCCUCUUACUGAUAUGUAUGGGGUUUUGAUCAAUUCCUGAUGCAGGGUUGGCUAUUGCUUGUUAUCAUCUAUGAUAAAUUUUGAAAUGCUUCUCAUUUGGUAA